CUAAAAGUAAAACAGUGGAAAGCGUGAGAGCCGAACAGCAUUACAACCAGUAGAGCCCAGACCAAAAGACAACAAGACUGUGAGCUCUUCUAACAUGAUGCCUGCAGCGAAAGGCAUGUCCCAAAUGAUGCCCAAUCAUGUUCUAAGAGUGGGUCAAACUAUCCGUCUGGACUCGCAGGAGACAGUCCAUCCACAUCCCUUUCUCGUGAAACCCAGUGGUAACAAUAGUGAUGCUGAUCUUGACGUUUCACUGGAUAAUCUCAACCAGCUCAUCCUGGAACUGGAUCCAACAUUUGAACCCCUUCAGGUCAACAAAAGUCCCUUGUGCAGCCCUGCUACAGAUGACACCAGCUCAGACGAAGAUGUCUCCCACUGUGUGUUGGUCCCUAGAGGAUGCCCUCCCAGCUCCUCGCCCACCGUAGUACCGUGUGUGUCACCCAGUAUAAACAUCCCUUCACAGAGCAGUCUCAGCUGUAGUCCCAAUGGCACACUGGUGUUCUCCAGCUCCCCUUCUUCCUGUCUGCCUCCUCUACCAUGUGGAAGUGUACCCCGACGAAGUCCCUCACAGAAGCAAGACAUAUCCUGUUCCCAAGGAUCCCUGCGCUUGUCGCACUCCAACAGAAACAGUGCUGCCUCACUUCACUCCAUGUCAACAUGUUCAGACACCAGCUACAUCCUUGGCAGCAACCUGUCCCUGGCCAGUGAAGAUGCCGACUCUCCAGAGUCCAUCCUUACUAGUCCAUCCAGCUCCUUCAGUGAUGGCCCCAGAAUGAGACAGAGCCCAGAGAAGCCCUCGCUGACAAAGCAAGGCCAUCUACAGGAGCCUUACAGCAAAGGAGCACAGAGCAGUCCAGCUUCACUCGCCGGGUCCGUGACCGAUAUUCCUGUACUGCUGAUCAACGGUGCACCACAGCCAGAUCUGUACAUCCAGUCUCCUGGACCAGAGAUGGACUUGAUCCAGACUAUCUCUCUGUCCAACUCAAAGCCAUUUUCACCUCACAGUUUCCAAGCCCAUUUCAGUGGCAGUCAGCCCUCAAUGAAAUUUGUCAUGGACACUUCAAAGUUUUGGUUCCGUCCACAUGUCAGCAGAGCAGAGGCUGAGGCCUUGGUGAAGGACAAGGAAGCAGGGACAUUUGUGGUGAGAGACAGCACCUCCUACAAGGGCAGCUUUGGUCUGGCCAUGAAGGUCGACCAGACCUCCGCCAUCCUCACAGCCAACAACCACCCAGAGGAGAGCAGCACAAAUCUUGUCAGACACUUCCUCAUUGAAUCGUCGCCUAAGGGUGUGCGGAUCAAAGGCUCCUCUCAAGAACCAUACUUUGGAAGUCUGUCUGCCCUGGUCUACCAGCACACCAUUUCUGCUUAUGCUUUACCCUGCAAGUUAAUGCUCCACUCCCAAGCUCUGGGCGCAGCAGAGGAGAGGGCUAAUGCCAAACCGGCAUCAGAGGACAACAGUAAAACAGCUUGCAAUUUUGUCUACCUGAAUGCGGUCCCCACUGAGAUGCUGACGGGCCCUUGUGCAGUGCAGAAGGCGGUGUCCUCCACCCUCAAGAAGGCCUCGGGUUCUUUCACACCAACCAUAGUCAGUCUGAAGGUGUCUUUGAAGGGUGUUACACUCACAGAUAUCAACAGGAAGCAGUUCUUCAGGCGCCAUUACCCUGCUCACCUGCUCAGCUACGGCGGUGGAGAUCCAGACAAUCGACUGUGGCAGAGAGGUUCCAGUUUUGGUGCAAGGAUGUUUGGCUUUGUGGCAAAAGGUGUAGAGGCUGGUAUGGAGAACGUGUGCCACGUCUUUGCAGAGUAUGACCCCCUCCAGCCUUGCAAUAAAGUCAUUGAUAUUAUUCAGCUUUCAAUAGCCAAGCCAUAGACACGUAAGGACUGAGACGACAUAUUACGACAUGUCCGUCUGCUGUGCUUUCACGAAAUAAUCUAUCCAAUAUGGAGGUCAUCUCAAGUGUCACUACUGCUGUUGUUAAACUGGAAAAUGUACUGUAUCUGCCAUAGUACAAUACCAAUAAAAUCUGAAUUAAAAGUCCUUCGGACAUCCCAGAUUUGUCCUGUGGUCAGAUGAUAAAAGUCAUAUAGAAAAGACAGUUGUAACUGGCAUAUAUGAAGAUAUACAAGACCGAACAGCUGUCAGACAAGACAUAAGAGACAUUAAAAGCAGCAUCAUGUACAAUAAUUGUACUUAAAUGGCAAUGUGACAUAAUAUCCAACCAGUUUGUAAGAAAGCCGAAUCAAACUCAACAAUAUAAUGAGUAAAGAUGUCAGUCUAAAUUUGUUUGUAUAAAAUGUUAGAACAGCUUAUGUAUAGCUUAGGCCAAGGUAAAGCAGUUGAUUUGUCUUAUAUCUUGACCUAGAACAUUUCCUAUGUAUAUUAAAUGUGCACUAGCCUAUGCUGUCAUGUCCUUUCAUUUCAAGACAGAAACUUGGUAGAUACCUUAGUUGUAUAGUUUAUAAUGUAUUUAUUAUAAUACCCUGUAAACAAUUUCUUCUGUGUAUAUUCAUGUAUUUUUUUUUUAAUUGUUGUGAUGAAAAAUAAACAUGUCCAGCAGCUGAA